AUGCGGUUUUUUACAGGUCCAUAUCCAGAUGCUGCCCACAGCCUUUUUUCUUCAUCAAAAAUGCAUGCAAAGCAUUUUCCAUGUAUUCAAGUGGACCCGGUACACCAGCGCAGUCAGUUCCAGGUUUGGCGUGAAGGAAACAAUGGUAGAACGCGCCGCAUUAUGCUCAUGAUGGGAUCCAUAGUGAAUACAACCAGAAAAGACAGGUCAUCUCAACACAUACUGCUCUCUCUGCUUCUGCUCUCUCUAUUUCUCUGAAAACAUCUGAAAUAGUUUAUUUAUUUAUUUCAGUGCAUUCUGGGCAUUUGGGAAGGUCUCCUGAGGUUAUCUUUUAAAAACACUUUUAAACGAAAACGCACAUAAACGCGGUAUGCAA